AUGGCCGCCGUCAAUGACCACGACAACAGCUACGUCAUGUCGCCUCACGGCACCCCCCAGCACCAGCGCUUCGGUGCCGCCUGCUUCGACGGCAGCUCCUCCCCUGUCCCCUUCAACCCCUACCAGGGAGGAGGCAUCAACGUCAUGAUCCCUAUGAAGGACGAUCCCGCCUUUGUCGGCGCCAUGAUGAGUGACAAGGACUUUGACCUCUUUGGCGCCGACACCGAUCUCUCGUCGCCCGCCUUCAUGGACUUCAACGAGAGCCCAACUUCCGCUCAGCCCAUCUGGGCCUCCGAGGGCGACGCCGCCGCCGCCGCCACUCUCAGGCGCACGACCCGCAGGAUCAGCAACGGCAUCCUCGACCGUGUGGCCAAGUUUGAGACCAUGGGUGGCGAGCCCUCGAGGCCGACAACACCCCCUCAUCAAAACGGAAACGGUCAGUUCCUCCCCAGGCGCCUUGGCUCCGAUGAACCUGCUUCGCUCACACACGUGCCAGGCUACUUCCCUCCUACGCCCAUGGAGACCCCCCAUGACCGUAUCGUCAAGCAGCAGCCUGAGCAGGCCUCAAGGCCCAGCAGGUUCUCUGACGAUUACGACGAGUCCAUGGAGGAGACGCUCAAGCCCGUCCGUGCCAAGCCAGCAUCGAGGGCCCAGAAUGUCUUUGAGGAGAUGAGGAGACGCGCUGAGGAGUCGUCUGCCAACCCCACGCCUCCUCAGACCACGACCAUGCCCGAGGCCCAGACGUUUGAGUCCCAGGUGUCUGCUGCCGACUUCAUCAGCAUGAACAGCUUCGACACCGACUACCUCAAGACCCAGUCCUUUGACGGAUUGACCGAUGACCUCGGCGUCUCGCCCGGCAUGUCCCAGAACUCCACGCCCCACACUCCUCACAGCGCCGUCAUGAACAACGGCUACCACCCCGGCCCCUUUGACAACCCAGACCUCCGUCUGCCUCACCACGACAGCCCUGCGACGCCCUCUCUCUCGCGCACGCAAUCGCUCCGUGGAACCCCCCACCGCCGCACCGACUCCCUCGCCAGCAUCGUCAGCGCUGCCAGCAUCUCCGGCAUCAACAUUGAGGAGACCAAGACCGAGACUGGCGUCACGACGGAUGACAUAGCCAUCUACAUCCAGGGCCCUGAUCCCGCCGACAACAAGUGGAUGUGUCUGUUCGAGGACUGCGGCAAAAAGUUCGGCCGCAAGGAGAACAUCAAGUCGCACGUCCAGACCCACCUCAACGACCGCCAGUACCAGUGCCCCUCGUGCCACAAGUGCUUCGUCCGCCAGCACGACCUCAAGAGGCACGCCAAGAUUCACACCGGCAUCAAGCCCUACCCUUGCGAGUGCGGCAACAGCUUUGCUCGCCACGAUGCCCUCACGCGCCACCGCCAGCGCGGCAUGUGCAUCGGCGCCUUUGACGGCAUCGUCAAGAAGGUCGUCAAGCGCGGUCGCCCCCGCAAGCACCGCCCCGAAAUGGACGAGCGUGUCAACAAGUCCGCUCGCACCCGCUCCAAGAACCAGUCCAUCAGCUCCAUCUCUUCGCAAUCUGGCUACUCUGACACGUCCGGUGCCAACUCGCCCGAGAACUACAACGCCAUCUCCGACAAUGACUUCGCCGCCAUGACCAUGGACAUCAAGCAGGAACAGCAACACGCCCGACACGCCCGGCCCAUGCCUUUCGAGACCGUCUCCAUGUCGUCGGCGCCCAUGUCCUCCGCCCCGAUGCCCUCGCUCCCCCCCGCCCGCGCCUCUCCCCUGCACCACCACGAGAACGACCUGGACAUGGCACCCUCGCCUUCCGUCGCGAGCCACGUCUCCUCCUUCGUCUCACCCGAGGAGAUUAUGGACCACCCCUCUGUGCGCUCGCAUCAUGACGCGUCUCCGACCAAGAGCACCCCCAGCCAGUACAACACGCCCCCUGAGCUCUCUCAAUCCUCCUCGCCCCCGCCCCACCACUUCUUCGACGCCGAGCCCGGCAGCGUCAGCUUUGCUGACGACUCGCUUCUUGUCGGUAUGCGCACCAGCUCGGUUGCCGGCUUCGGCAGCGUGGGCAAUCUCUCGGGCUGGGGCCUCGGGGAAAACGAUUGA